UAAAUAUACUACUGUGCUUGAACAGAAUGGCCGUCUGGGUAACCACAACCGGAUGUCACAUUCCAGACGGAGCGAUAAGAGCAGGGUACGAAGCAGACGGCCGUCCACUUUUUACUGCUCGGGCGCAAAUUGAAGGCAUCACAACACCUGGAAAAUGUGGAUAUCAUCUACCAGGAGCCCAUAUUCCGUAUGGCUGUAAAGAAAGGGUUAUCGGCCAGUACGAAGUUCUGGUCCACCCGACAAACGCCCCCGGGUUUUUUGAGUGGCAACGUGCUUCCGGCGGAAUUGUCCCCGACACUGCAUUCAAGACUGAUAAAGAGACUUAUGUGGGUCGGGCUUACUUCUCGGGGAGCCUUAUUCCAUGUAAGAUUGCUACAGGAUACCAACACAAAUGUGCUUACAUGGGUUAUGGCGGGAAGGAACAUAACACAAAGGACUAUGAGGUGCUCUGCAAAAUCAAAUAAUUGUAAUUUAAAAGAUUU